AUGAAAGAUUACGUGUUUAUGUCAAAGAAAAGAGAACAAAAUAUUUUAAAUAGUCUAAAUUUUUUGAUAUAUGAUUAUUUAGUUAAAAUGAAAUAUGAAAAAACUGCUAAAAUAUUUGUAGGUGAAGCUUACUUAGAGGAUGUUAAGUUAAAUGAAGCACCUCCUAUUUUAUCACAGUGGUAUUCUGCAUUCCAAGAUAUUUCAAAUGUUAGAUGUGGAUUGUCAAAUAAUUUAGGAGAUUUAGCAAGAAUAGAAGGAAUAAUGUUAAAACUAGAGAAUGAAAAAAAGAGGUAUCAACAAAUGGGUAAAAUGGAUAAUUUAUCAUAUUUUAAUAUGACAAGAGGAUCUAGUGAGACAUACAAAUCACCCAAUAAUAUGCAUUACACUUCUCCAUAUCAUCCUGGUCCUUCUCCUGUUGUGGAUCCUAGGAGACAGGUUGAUAUGAGAAAUAUGCAUAUUCCUGGAAGGCCAAUAUACAAUGAGCAAUUUCCUUUGAAGGCCAGAACUGCACAGAAUGAACCCAUUCUAUCAAAAGGUGUUAAUAGAUUUGAAGAACCAAUCAAUUUAAGAGGAGCAAAUAGAUUUGAUCCAAAUUCUGUUUCUAUUUCACCAAAGAUGUUUGAACAACCUAAUGAAAGCAGUGAUAAAAAGUUUUACUUAAGAAAUAUUAAUUCUUUUAAAAUAACAGAUAAAAAUGUUUUAUUAUCUGUCUUAUCUCAAAAACACAACAUUCUUUUUAGUGUUUUUGAUAACAAAACAGUUGGUUCUUUUAAUUGUAAUACUUUUAAAAAUGAAUGUAUUGUAGAAACGAAUGGUAAACAAAUAAUUAAAAUGAGAAUAAAAGAUGAUGUCAAUUUUAUUUGGUUAGUGGCUUCUUUUGAUACUAAUGAUUUAAUGGUGAUACGUUAUUUAGUCCAGGAAGUUAAAUUUGAAAUGGCGGGAUAUUUAAGAGGGCAUGCCGAAAAAAUUGCUUGUUUUGAUGUUGCUGAUUAUAUUUAUUCGAUAGAUAAUUCAGGUUCAUUUAAAAAGUGGAAUUUUAAAGGUAUUUGUGAGAAAGAAGAAAUUUUUAAUGGAAAUAUAAAAAAAGUAUAUUAUUUUGCAGAAAACUGUCUUAUUUUAUCAGACGCAAAUAGAACAUAUCUUUAUAAUUAUACUAUGAAUAUGGAAAUUUCAGAGAUUAGUAAAGGAUUAUUAUUAUCGCUUAAGAAACAGAAUAAUUAUUAUUUGCUUGUAUUUGCUGAUAAGGCAGUAAUACAUGAUAACAAUCUUAAUAAAAUUAAGAUUUUAACAGUUCCAAAUAGCAGUAUAAAAAAUGCAAUUUUUUUAGAUUCUGAUGUAAUUAUUGGUUCAUUGCAAUGUCUUUGGUUUGAAACACAAGGCAGACUCAAUAAAUGUAAAAUUUAUGAACAUAAUGAAAUUGUUACAUUGAAGAAUAUUAGUAGGUACAAGCCGGGACACAUUCUUGUUUUAAGCAAUAAAGGAGAGUGUGUAAUUAUGAGUAAAUGUUUUGAUAAUUAA